AGGCUAGCGUUAGCUGCUAAGAUACAACUGAAUCUGAGCUACGAACACACACGUGUGUGUGUGUGUGUGUGUGUGUGUGUGUGUUGUUACUGUGCGGUAACGUGAACAUCAUCGAUGUGACUUCACUGAUUAAUUCACGGCUUCGCGCCUCGAUCAGACACUGAACCUGCUGCACGUGACGCCAGACUCCGCUCAGAAACGUGUCAGUUUAACGUUUCCUCCCUGUCACACAGUGAAACACAGGUGUCGGAAAACACUGUUGAACCCUGAACACAUCAACACGUGUCGCUCUUGACUUCGGCACAAGAAGCAGCUUCUGUUACACUUCUAGGUUUGAUCUUUUGGUGCCUCGUGUACAUGUUGUUAAAUACUGACGUGUACACCUGUAAAGGUGUGUCGAUGAUGUCAUCAGCAGAUGACCAGCUGUGUCUAAACAUCAGCAGCAGUUUGCCCUCAUCUCCGUCUUCCAGGAGGAAACCUCUGAGCGCUCAGCAGAGAUGGGUCAGAAAGAAGCAGAGAGCAGAGAAAAGGAGGUGCAGCUCCUCCUCAGAGGAGAAGAGGACGCUGCAGACUGACCGGGCAGAGCGGGAGCAGGAGGAGGGGCAGGUACAGACUGAAGCUCCUCCCCCUGCACAUUCACAGGCUCCGCCCCCUGAGCCAACAGAGGGCGGAGCACCACAGAAGAGGAAGAAGAAAAAGGAGAAGGAGGAGGCAGGGAAGGAGGCGGGGAGGAGCAGCAUCAAGACCUCCUCUCUGUUCAAACACAACCCGGAUAUACCUGAGAUCCACAGACCAGUUGUUGAUCAGGUGAAAGAGAAGAUUUUCACCAGUGACUCGUUUUCAGACCUGGACCUGCACCCACACCUGGUGGCGACACUCAACAAAGUCCUGAAUGUUUCCACACUGACCAGUGUUCAGAAACAGACCAUCCCUGCUCUCCUGUCAGGACGAGACGCCGUGGUUCGAUCUCAGACGGGAUCAGGGAAGACUCUGUCCUACGCCGUCCCUCUGGUCCAGAGUCUUCAGUCGGUCCAGCCGAAGGUCAGCAGGUCAGACGGUCCUCUGGCCGUCGUCCUCGUCCCCACCAGAGAGCUCGCCCUGCAGACCUUCCACACCUUCCAGAAGCUUCUGAAGCCGUUUACCUGGAUCGUCCCAGGUGUUCUGAUGGGAGGAGAGAAGAGGAAAUCAGAGAAGGCCAGGCUCCGUAAAGGAAUCAACAUCCUGGUGUCCACCCCUGGACGUCUGGUAGAUCAUAUCAAACACACCCUGAGCAUCGCCUUCAGCGCCGUUCGCUGGCUGAUCUUGGACGAGGCAGACAGGACGUUGGACCUGGGCUUUGAGAAGGACCUGACCGUCAUAUUAAACAGCCUGAACACGACAGGACCGAGCAGACAGAACGUCCUGCUGUCCGCCACCCUGAGCCACGGUGUGACUCGUCUGGCAGACGUUUGUCUCAACGCCCCCGUCAACAUCCACGUGUCUGGCCCCGCCUCCUCUGACCUCACUACCGCAACCACUGUGACCUCUGACCCCGGCCCGGCUAGCCAAUCAGAGAGCUUUGCUGUACCUGAGGCCUUGAAGCAGUUUGUGGUGGUGGUCCCCAGUAAGAUCAGACUCGUCUGUCUGGCUGCUUUCAUACUGGACAAAUGUCAGUUUUCUCAGAACAACAAACUCAUCGUCUUCGUCUCGAGCUGUGAAGUUGUGGAGUUCCUCCACUCUCUCUUCACCUCCGUCCUCUCUGGGCCCUCAGCCAAUCGCAGGCCUCCGCUCAGCUUCCUGCGUCUCCAUGGCAACAUGAAGCAGGAGGAGCGCUCAGAGGUGUUCCAGCAGUUCUCGGUGUCUGCAUCCGGAGUCCUGCUCUGCACGGACGUAGCAGCCAGAGGUCUGGACCUUCCUCAGGUCACCUGGAUUCUUCAGUACACGCCUCCGACAGCGGCGGCAGAGUACGUUCACCGCGUCGGGCGGACGGCUCGUAUCGGAGGAAGAGGAAGCAGCCUCCUCUUCCUCACUCCUGCUGAGACCGCCUUCAUCACUGAGCUGGCCAAUCACAACAUCAGCCUAUCAGAGAUGAAGCUGCUGGACAUCCUGUCCAGUCUGAUGAUGGAUGACACCUACAAGGGGCGGGGCAAAUACCACAGCAAGAGUUCUAGCAGAGCUCUGGAGCAGGAGAUCCGGGAGCGAGCGACGGUUCUUCAGACGGAGUUUGAGAACUUCGUUCACUCAGAUGCUUCGUCAGUGCAGAGCGCCAAGAAAGCGCUGCAGUCCUUCCUGCGGGCGUACACCACCUACCCCGCUCACCUCAAGCACAUCUUCCACAUCCGCUCGCUCCACCUGGGACACACCGCCAAGAGCUUCGGCCUCAGAGACGCUCCGCAGGGUCUAAGCGGCGCCGCCAGCGCCACGGCCCCCGGGGCCAAACGAAACAACAGGAACCAGAACAGGAACCAGGCCAGGAGUCCUGUCAAGACCCAGAACAAGAAGCUGAGCAGCGCUGGAGAGAGGAGGUUCAGUCCCGGUCAGAGGGAGGUCAGUCUGUUCCGCUCCGAGUUCUCCAGCGGGUUGGAGGGAGGUGGCGCCAAGAAGAAGAAGAAGAAGAAGAAGACGACGACAUUUGGUCAGUCAGGAGAGGAAGAGGAGGAGUAAUGAGGAAGAGGGGGAGCAGCUGACUGACGCUUCCUCACUGUCACAGAGACACAGGCUGUGUCACCUGAGCGUUCAGUGUUCAGGUGUCCAGACAUUAAACUGUGAGCAGUUUGACACUGUGAAAGUAUCAAAGCCUCAGUCCACAGAGAAAUGCACACAGCCUGUAUUCAGAAACUGAGCCUUAAAACCAGCCGUCAGGACUUCUGGAACUUUGUGAUGUCACAACAAAGCAGUCACCAAGCCCCGCCCACCUGGACCCACCAUCCAAACCUUGCAGGAUUUGGUUUCUCUUAGUGUUUUUAUUGGAUCACUAUGAAUAUCACUCAGUAAUACUUCAGUAUUAGUGUAUUAUUACUGCAGCUCAGUACUGUCGUACUGCAGUAUUACUUUGGAACUACAUUUUGUGAACCAAUGAACUACCGUAUCCCUCCACAGAUCACCUGUUGAAGUGUAGUAGAACUUGUGCGUAGGAAUACGGUUGUUCAUCGGUUCACAGAAUGUAUUUCCAAAGUAAAGGUCUGUUUCAAAGUGGUGAAUAUCUUCAAAAUAAAGCUUCAACUGAUAUUA